UGUGGGUCACAGUCCUGCUGUCGCAUGCUUGCUCACUGAUUCUUCUACAAUCAAAACCAACGGCCUGAUCUUUUUGUUCCCUGUACUUUGCCUCCACAGGAUGUGAAGCCACAAUGGGCUUUAUGGAAUUUUAUCUCGAAAUCGAUCCAGUAACUCUUAACCUCAUCAUAUUGGUUGCCAGCUAUGUUAUCUUGCUGCUCGUCUUCCUGAUAUCAUGUGUGCUCUAUGACUGUAGGGGCAAAGACCCCAGCAAGGAAUAUGCCCCAGAACCUACCCCAGCCACCCAGUCCCCCAUCAGACUGGUAGUAAUGCAGAGUUCUCCUGCCACGACCCGAUGGGGUGAGAAGACAGUGACAACAUAUGAGGCUCCCACCGACCUCCGGGAAAAGAGAAGUACUUUGGUCUGAAGGAGGAAAUUGCACCCUUUCAUAACGGAAGAGCUCGUAAUUCAGUUGGAUAAACUGUUUGAUUUUUGUUUUUGCUGUUUUUUUACUAUGUUCAAGAUUAACCUACACAAGACAAGGCUUAAAAGUGACUGAAAAUGAUUCAUGAACAGCAGAGCUGCUGCUAACUGCCGUUACCAGCCCACUUGCUAUGAACAUGCUGCUAACUGCUAUACUCAUGCGUUCCUUAUCGUCCCUGCAUUUGUGGGCACAGCCCUGCUGUACCGUCUGUCUGACGACCGCUGGGAAAGGCUCACAGCCUGGGUGUAUGGCAUGGGACUUUGCACGCUUUUCCUGGUGUCCACCGUUUUUCACAUCGUCUCCUGGAAGAAAAGCCACAUGAGGGCCGUGGAGCACUGUUUCCACAUGUGUGAUAGAAUGGUGAUCUAUUUCUUCAUUGCUGCCUCCUAUACACCGUGGUUGAAUCUCCGUGAGCUUGGACCCUUAGCAUCGCACAUGCGCUGGUUUAUCUGGUUCAUGGCAGCAGCAGGAACCAUAUAUGUGUUUAAUUACCAUGAAAAGUAUAAAGUUGUUGAGCUCAUCUUCUAUCUAACAAUGGGUUUUUUUCCUGCAUUGGUUGUGACAUCAAUGAAUAACACCGAGGGACUGCAUGAAUUAGCGUGGGGAGGGCUUAUCUACUGUCUUGGUGUGAUCUUUUUCAAGAGUGACGGCAUUAUUCCUUUUGCCCAUGCUAUCUGGCACAUCUUUGUUGCCCUGGCUGCGGCGGUACAUUACUACGCCAUUUGGAAAUACCUGUACAGAAGUCCUGUCACUGAGCUUAUCAGAGAUGUAUGAAAAACAAGACCCACACUGGCAUUGCACUAGACUUCUCUGAACAUUUUUUUGUAUUUCAAAAAGGUUCCAGUGUUCUUGCACAUAACAAAAUGAGACUUGGAAAUGUUUUUUAACGCCCAAGAGGCAAAACCAACAGCCAAACGUUUACGAACAUAACAGUGUGUUGUUUACUGUUUUAUAACCACAAGAUUACAGUGCAUGAGCUGUUUCUGGGAUGACUUACAACAGCUCAAGCUUCAAUAACUUUUCAUUCUUUUUUAGUACAACUUCAGUCUGAAGUGUAAGGAGGUAAAAGUCAAAUUAGAUGACCAUUGGUAUUAUUCUGUGUUUUUUGGUUGAAAAAAAAGUUUGUUUGCAUUCCUUAAAAUGAAAACGUACAACUUUGUUCCCCUCAAGAGAGGUUUAAGUUAAAAGGAAAACAUUAUUCAAGAAAAUGCUGAAUGACUGACCUCAAUCUUUUAUGAAAAAAUGUAGCCAAAUAAGGAGUGGGAUACAUUCCAUAUAUUGUACAAAUAGUUUCAUACCUCAGUUGUAGUAAUUCUGUUAGAUCUUUUACAUUUUUGCUCACAUUUUGGAACCAAUUUUUAUCUGUAUUUUAACAAAGUAAAUUAUUAUUGUACAUUACCAGUAUUGAUCCAGAUAUUUCCCUGGAUAAAACAACAUUCUUCCAUUUUUUUAUUUAAAUAUUCAAAAUUGAAUGUGUUCAAUCGGUAGACCAAGUUUUUGAUUAACUUAAUAUUCAAAUGGCAUUUUUGGGAUGUGAUUCCGUAAAGUUCAAGUGAGUCACAAAACUGAACAACUGCAAAUCUUGUAGUCUAAUCAGUAUUCUUUGGGAAAAAAAGUGGAAGAGUUUCAUAGGUUCAUAUUUCUGAGAGGCUCUUCUCUUAACUGUUGCCAGCUUGUAUUUAUUGAGCCUUAUCAUGUUAUUUGAAAUAGAAAUUUCAUUUGUUUGCAUUAUGGAAAUAGCCGGACAUCUAAAACCCAAGAAAAUGAACCUGAACCUUAAAUCAAAACAUGAGCCUUGAAAACUGAAUCGGUAUCAUUUUCAUUCAGGUCUGCAAACAAUUACUUAAAUUCACUGUCAUAUUUAUUUUAGUGUUGAGAAUUCAGGUGCAGUUAAGAAUCAUGAAAUCCAUGUAAAGGAACUAUGGUAUUUGAAAAUGAUAAUGCAAUUCCAUUUAUCAGCAGUUAUGUAUUGUUCAAAUGUUCAUCUCUGCUUCAAGCUAUAUCUACUUCAGUAUAACUAAAGAUGAACUCUGAUUAACACUGUUACUUCCUAAUGAGUUAAUAAGGUAUUGCAAUAUUUGAAACACUGAACAAUUAAUGUUGACUGAAAUCGUGAAGAAAAUGACUCUGAAAAGGGAUCUAUAAUGCGGGUCCCUGUAUUAUACAUCUAUGAUAUUAAAACCCAUUGUCUUGUUUAGUCAUCUGAAUUUAACCACUGAAAAUGAAAAAUUUGCAUCUGUACAGCAUUAGAAAACAGCUCCUGUGUUUUUCACAGGAGAAUGUGCAAGUCAAAUACUCAGUUGGUUACACAGGUGAAGAAUUGCAGAGGUUACAGAUGGCUUGUGCCUUUAUUUUGGGAAAUUCACUCUGCCACUCACUGUAAUACCCCCUUUAUCAGGAUUUUGCUAACUUAAUUUCGAAUUGCACAGAUCUUUGAACCAGCUUGUCUAUAGCAUGCUAAUAUUAUGAACGUAGUGGUACUCUUUGGACAGAAUCUGCCCUGAGUGCACUUCUGAGUACUGAUUCUGAAAUUAAUGGAUAAUUGUGUCUAAUGAAGAAAUAGUGUCCAUUGAUCCCGGCUAAAACUAAAACUCUUUCAUGUGGUCUUCAAAGUGUUGUGCACUAGAGUUCUGCUGAUCAAAUAGAUUUCUAAGGGGAAGAGAUAAUGAGGAAGUGAUGACUCAAUUCAAAGCCAUUCUGUAAUGCAGAUGUUAUGGGUGCCAGCUGGCCACAGUUAUACCUGAAAAAAACACCUUCAAAUGGAAGUUAUUGCAUUAAAAAAUAGCACUUUGCACAAAAAUCACAAUGGUGCAUAAGCUGUGCAGCUAAGGGGAAUCUGUUCAUUUGGUUGCCUUUGAAACUGUUGUAAAAACCCUCACAUCCCAUGUGUUCAUUUAUGAUGGCUGAUGAAAUUUCAAAAAUAAUGUACACUUGGGCUUUGUGUGAAUGAUGCAACUUGCCAUACUCUACAUGCCAGCAGUUAAGAGAUUUUUUAAACCAAAUCCUCUUGUGUGAUCUAAGAAAUGUAUGUCACAUUGCAUAUGACUGAAAUCGUGCAUGCACAUUUAGUGAAUUUUAUGCGUUUCUCACGUCAGAAGAGGAGUAUUUGCCAAUUUUUCUGCAAUAUUAUGGACAUCAUUCAAUGCCUGCUUUGAAACCAUUUGUACAUGAUAAUUCACCUUACAUAAUAUUAAUAUGAAAACCCAUUUUAUGUACUGCUUCAUUAUAUUUUCUGUAUUAAACUUUUUUUCUUAUGGGGGAAAGGUCAAAAGAGGGAAACCACUGUACUGUACCAAUUCAGAAUGAGUAAUAUUAUAGUAAAUGUAUUAAUUUGCUAGACAGUUUUUUUUUGUCUCUAGUGAAAGUGUUUAGUAUAAUUUUGCCCUAGUCUUGCAGUGAUAUCAGAGGUUGAUUCAGCCUUCCUUGUCCAUUAAUUGUGGUUAUUCUGGGAUUAACUGAUCUCUUAACUAAUACGUUGAAUAUUUCAUCUGUGGCACAUACUUUACCUUUACCUGUUUUUUUAAUACUGCAUAAUGUUUUGUCUUUGAAACUCUUCUGUGAACACCAGUGCUGUGUAUCUAGAACACCAUGCACGGUACCAGUUUAUGUCAAAAGUUUCUUUUGUUCAAUUUCUAAUGUGUGUGUGAAUUAAUAAAAAAAUAAAAAUUAA